GAACGAUUAGCAUCUCAGCUGAUCCUCCUUUGGCUCUGCGAUAAAACGAACCUUGAACUAUAAAUUUAUCUAGCAGCCAUUUAUAACAAAAGGGUCCUUUUACUGUUCACCAGGCGCUUGCAUAAUAUAUUAGUUAACGGUAGGUCAGAAGAUAUUUCAAACUACCUACACUGCUUUCGGUUUUUAUAAAGCAACGAGUAAACCAAAAGAAACAACAGGCAAUUCCUUUUCUUAAAGAAUCAUAUCAUGGCCGAGUUCGUGGCAGGAGAGGAGCCUUCAAUGGAUCUCCCGGUCAUCGAUCUAGACAUAUAUCGAAACAACCCGGCAACUAGUCCCGAGGUGCAGGAAGAAUGCCUACGCGCGGCCCGGGCGCUCGCAACGCACGGGGCGUUGGUACUACACGACUCGCGGGUGUCAGAAUCGGACAACGAGGCGUUCCUAGACCUACUAGAAGACUACUUCGCGCAACCAGCCGCGCUUCUGCAGCGCGACGAGCGGCCGGAGCUGGGCUACCAAGUCGGCGUCACGCUUGAAAAUACCGAAAAGCCCAAGUGUGCCGUCGACGAACCUUGCCUACGCGUCAUCGAGCGCCUAGCUCCGGAGGAGCGACCACUUGACAUCAGUGGUCAUCAGCCGGAUCCCAAAUGUCGGUUUUUCUGGCGCAUGGGCGCGGCCGCGCCUUAUGUUACGCAAUUCCCGGGCCUGAAUGCCGAGAACGUGAUUCCGGAUGCCCCUGAAAUCAAGAAGAGAUGGACGCCCGUUAUGGAGACGUGGGGAAAGAGUAUGAAGAGCGCCGUUUCGGGGCUUGCCGAGAUGGCCGCCGUUGGUAUGGGACUCCCCGCCGAAACCUUCACCGACGCUGGGCUAUAUGGCCCACACCUUCUAGCCCCGACGGCGUCUGACCUUGAGAAGUAUGGGCAAAAGGACACCAUCUUGGCCGGCUUUCAUACAGACCUGAAUUUCUUAACGAUUCACGGGCGUUCCCGAUACCCGGGACUUCACAUCUGGGCACGAAACACGGGUCGUCGUAUCGCUGUCAACAUUCCGCGUCCCUCUGCUUCCUCGUCAGGGAGCUACCUGCUUGUCCAGGCUGGGAAGCAGCUGGAGCACCUAACGGGCGGGCUAGUGAAGGCCGGAUAUCACGAAGUAGUGGUCAACUCGUCUACGCUCAACACGGUUGCCACACGGCGGCGGGAAUAUCCCGACCGGCCCCUCGUACGCAUUAGCAGCACCUUUUUCUGGCACCUAAGCAGCGAUUAUGACCUGACGCCUAUUCCUGCACUAGCCACGCGAGCCAGGGAUGUGCGCGCCGCCAACUUUAACCUCGGUCGCGACGAGGGCGACGAGAUUGAGUACGCGCCCAUGAAAGUAGGACAGCAGGUUCAGAAUGAGCUAAAGCACAUCGCGCUUCUAACAUGAGAACGGGUAAUGAGCUUUUCGUCUAGUGUCUCAUUUGUAAGUUGGACGUCUCUACUAACAACUUAGCUAAAGAUGAAUUGUGAAAUAUUUCUUAUUGGGCACCGGCAUAAGAUCCACGAGGCAUUUG